CGUCAACGCGCAAACGUUGCGCACGUCUCCAGCUGCAAUUUCAACUUUCGUAUUGCGUGCGCUCUCUCUUCUUUCUUUCACUCGCGCUCUCUUUGCUCACUCUGUUCGGGGAUAAGACACGUGCGCUCCCGUGAAAGCCAAGAUCAAGUGGUUUGCUCUUGUUGUUGUUGAUUGCCGUUGAGUUGACGUCGGUUUUUUGGGGCGUUUCGCGCGUGGCCCGCAAAUUGUUGUCUAACAUUUCGUGCGGAAUUAUGCCGCGCCAGCGUCGUCAGUCUCGAAAUCGAGAGUGUUUCCGAGUCCAAUGACCACAGUUGACGCGCGCCAAACUGGCAACUGAGAAAAGCAACAACAACAACGACAACAACUAUAACAAAGAUAAUAAAAAUCAAGAAAACCUACGCGAAUUGCAUUUGCUUCUACAUAAACCUUGACCUAAAGAAAAUCGAAAAGAUUGUAAAAACAAACAAACAAAAACUGAUAAAUAGAAAGAAAAAGAAAAGUGUGUGAGUGUGUGUUUGCUAUUGUUUGUUACACAACAAAAAACAAACAAACAACAACAACGAGUUAAUUACCUGACAAUUGACCCAUUUUGUCUUGAACUUUGUCGACCAAACAUGCCGUUGAACUGUUGCCGCAGUGGAAUUGAAUCAUCUUCAACGUCAAGUUGGCGGCUUUUGCCGCUGCUCUUCGCCUGCAUCGUUUUCCAUGCUGAUUUUGCCGCUGCACAAAAUCCGGCUGUUGUGGCCGCUGCUGUGGCCGCUGGCCAAAAUCAAUCGAACGUCUAUGUGACAGAAUCUUGCCUAGAGAAACCGUAUCGCUGUCCACAUCCCAAGAUAAAGUUCUAUCUCUACACACGACGCACCCAGGAGCAGCCCGAGUUCAUCGACGUGCUCGAUGCGAAUGCCUUGUACUACACACACUUUAAUCCUCGUCAUGCCACCAAGAUCAUCAUUCAUGGCUUUGGUGGCGGCCGUCUGCUGAGUCCCAGUCCGGAUCUGCGGGAAGCUUACUUCGCUGUGGGUGACUACAACAUCAUUAUUGUGGACUACAGCGAUGCUGUGAAGGAGCCGUGUCUCAGCCAAAUGGAAUGGGCCCCUCGCUUUGGCAGUCUUUGCAUCUCGCAGCUGGUCAAGUAUCUGGCGCGGCAUCCACGCGGUGUUCAGCCCGAUGAUCUGCACUUCAUUGGCUACAGUGUGGGUGCACACAUUGCCGGAUUGGUGGCCAACUAUCUGAAGCCCGAUGAGGGCAAGAUUGGUCGCAUCACAGCGCUGGAUCCCACCAUAUUCUUUUAUGCGGGUGCGAACAAUUCACGCGACUUGGACACCAGCGAUGCGCACUUUGUGGAUGUGAUGCACACAGGUGCUGGCAUUCUGGGUCAAUGGCAUUCCAGUGGACACGCGGAUUUCUAUGUGAAUGGAGGCACCAGACAACCAGCUUGUGUCGGAUCAGCCACCUUGUUUCAAACGCUGGCUUGCGAUCACACUAAAGUUACGCCAUACUUUAUUGAAUCCAUAACUUCAACACGCGGCUUCUAUGCUGGUCCCUGUCCCAAUCUAUUCACCUAUUUGAUAGGCUGGUGUGAGCCCAAGGACUCAGAGUAUGUGCUGAUGGGCGAACACUGUUCUCACAAAGCACGCGGCAACUAUUAUGUAACGACUAAUGCGAAGGCGCCCUUUGCUCGAGGAUUUCCAGGCAAGGGGCGCGCGAAUGGCGAGUAUCAAGGAGUACGACGUUAAUCGAGCGAGGAGGGAAUAUAUUUCAUAUUGUAGCACUUUUGUGAUUUUAGUAGAUUGUUUCCUAAUUAUGAUCCUGUAUUUAUUUGAAUUGUUUCUGUUAGUUUUAUUGCCGCCAUCGUCGCUGGGAGACGUUGAGAAUCAAAAUCAUUUUUCCAUGUCUCCCAGUUCCAAUUGUCCGCGCUUUGUACAAAUCUAUAUCUAAUCAUUAAGUUGUAAGCUGAAGUUUUGCUGGAUAAUAAAAGGUAGAACAUAAUAGAGAAACACGCUUCAGUGUGUUUGUUUUUGGCAUAAUUUUUUUAACAUGUUCUUUUAUUGAAUUCCAAAUACAUUUCAUCGGGUAUAAUUUGAUAAGCCUUUAUAUUUAUGGAUACGGGUACUCAUAUAAUUUUUGUAGAUCAUAUAGUCGGAUUUUAUAGUCUUCAUUCAUGAAAUAAACAGGUUGAUUUUAAACACAAAUCGGCUUUAAUAUUUCUGCAGAUUGCAACUUAAGGUGAAUGCUUUAAUUUUAUAUUUAUUGCUAUGUUUUUGCAAUAUGUAUAUUUGAUUUGAUUUCGGUAAUAUGAAUACUUGUUGAAUACCUUUUAGACUAGAUCAUUUAAAUUAUACAACAUUGGGCGGGUGUUGCCAGAAAAGGGAGCUUGCUUGUAAUUAUUAUAUUUAUUAUAUGUAUGUAUAUUUAUAUAGUUUCAUUUUUGUUGUCUUUAAAUUUUAUACAUUUAAUAAAUGUUAAAAAAAACCAAACUCACAGGAAACACAAAGAAUUUCUGUUUGUGAAAUUGCAAUAAAAAUAUUUAUAUAUUUAUGUAUACGAGUAUAUACAAAGCUUGAAUAAAUCGCAAGAUUCCACCAAUGUAAUGAAGUCUUAUAGAGAAUCUCUUUGUUUACUUAGCUCGUUUAACAUUUAUAAUGAAUAAUUCCAAUUAGUGUGUGUGUGUGUGUUUGUGUAUAUUCUUUGUGCGUCUAUAUAUCUGACAAUACUUAGAUGAGUUUAACUAUGGAGCUGAAGGACUCAGCACCCAAGUACGAGUAAGUACAUAUAUUUAUUAUUGUAGGUAAGUUACUCAUACAUUAGUUUUAUAUUAUGUUGUAUUACCCCAGUUGUAACCGGUUUCUUGUUUUAUGCUCUUUUAAUAUAUGCUUGAAAUGAUAUACACUUGAAUCCAGUUUAUGGUAUUAUUUUUUGUUGUUACUUUGUUUAUGUACACUUA